CUUCAGGAUAGUUUGUUAUGUUUUUGUUUGAUCGUUUCUACUAAAAAGGUUCAUUUUCAUUUGUUCUUUUGGUCGUGGCGGUAGCACGAACAGAUAGUUAUAUUAUACGGCUGGUGCCUGCAUGUAAAAUAGAAACUAAUUUGUAAAGGAUAUAAACGUUAUACCGCGCGGUUGAAACUUUUUUUUUUUGCACACAAAGAAGCAAGUUUUGCACAUAGUUUUGACGAAGUUUAUCAUUUUGUGAAGUGAAUUUCAAACACUUUUUUUUCCUGUUGCUGUUACUUCAAUCAGAAUUUGAUAGAUUUAUUAUCGAUGUAACAAUUGACCGGUUCCAUAAAAGAUUAUAAUUAAAAAUUGGAAUUAAAUUCGUGUGAAAAUGAAUGUUCAAGUUGUGCGGUAGAAAAAAAAUUGUCUUUCCGUGUACUUAAAACGAGACAAAAUCUUCUCGAAAGCGAAAAGUAAAAAUAAAAAAUUUGAACAAAACGAGAAAAUAAAUUCAAAUACAAGUUGAUUAAUUUAAAUUGCCGUUGUAGGCUGAUAAACAGAUUCACGUGCGAGCAAACCAAUUAAGAUCUCAUCAUCCAACUUAAAAUCUUGGUGCUGAACAAUGCAAUCGACUGACCCAGGAGGACCCGGUUCGCAGACAGAUCCCAACAACAAAGGGUCGUCAUGGCAAGCUGCAAAGUCAUGGAUGAUACGAUGGAGAGGAUCCAGACGUCUGGUCCUAGUCAUUGUGGCUAUUGCUUUGCUGCUCGACAAUAUGCUAUUGACCGUCGUCGUUCCAAUCAUCCCAGAGUUCCUGUACGACAUAAACCAUCCAGACGCACCAUUAGAUAGUUUUCCCAGAACACCAUUGACGACACCAUCGCCAUUAAGUUCAAGACCGACUGAUGGCAUGGAGACCACAACUUUAUCAGCAGAGAACGCGAGUUAUUAUGCUGAACUGGAGGAACGACAUAAAGAAUUGGUUGGUGAAACGGUCGAAGUUGGACUUAUGUUUGCAUCCAAGGCAUUCGUUCAACUUUUAGCUAAUCCAAUAGUCGGACCCUUGACCCACAAGAUUGGCUACAGUAUUCCAAUGUUUGCUGGCUUUAUCAUUAUGUUCAUGUCCACCAUAAUUUUCGCUUUCGGCCGUUCAUAUUGGGUCCUAUUCGUUGCUCGAGCACUCCAAGGUAUUGGUUCCUCAUGUUCAUCCGUAUCCGGUAUGGGUAUGUUAGCUGACCGUUACACAGACGACAAAGAACGAGGCAAUGCAAUGGGUAUCGCUUUGGGCGGUUUAGCCUUAGGUGUUCUGAUCGGUCCGCCAUUCGGUGGAAUUAUGUAUGAAUUUGUUGGCAAAUCAGCACCUUUCCUCAUAUUAUCUGCCCUAGCUCUUGGCGAUGGUGUCCUACAACUGUUUAUGCUUCAACCAUCCAUCGUUGUCCAAGAAUCCGAACCACCAUCAUUGAAAGCCUUAGUAUGCGAUCCAUACAUUUUAAUUGCUGCUGGUGCCAUAACAUUUGCCAAUAUGGGCAUUGCGAUGCUGGAACCUUCCUUACCGAUCUGGAUGAUGGACAAUAUGGGCUCAAGUCGUUGGGAACAAGGAGUCACCUUUUUACCGGCCUCAAUUAGUUACUUGAUUGGAACGAAUUUAUUUGGGCCGCUCGGGCACAAAAUUGGACGAUGGCUGGCUGCACUGUUAGGUUUAGUUAUAAUUGGGCUGUGCUUGUUGCUGAUUCCAAUGGCCACAUCCAUCUAUCAUCUGAUCAUACCGAAUGCUGGCCUGGGCUUUGCCAUUGGUAUGGUUGAUUCGUGCAUGAUGCCGGAAUUGGGAUAUUUAGUAGACAUUCGACAUUCAGCUGUUUAUGGCAGUGUGUAUGCACUCGGUGACGUCGCUUUUUGUCUGGGCUUUGCUAUUGGUCCAGCGUUAAGUGGAACUUUGGUAAACAGCAUUGGUUUCGAGUGGAUGUUGGUUGGAAUUGCAGUUCUAUGUUUUUUGUAUGCCCCGCUAUUGACAAUGCUACGAGCACCACCGACAAAAGAGGAAAAGAAGUCACUCAUUAUUGGCGAACGGUCAUCGGUUCGAUACGUCACCUACCAAAACGAGGAGGAAGACGAAUAACACACAUACAUCAACGAUAUAACCAACAAAUUCUUUAUUUUGUACAACGUUUCCACAGAAUUCAACUAUAUCAAAGCGUCUUGCUCCAUUUAUAAAAAGGCAUUUUAGACGAACGAAAAACAUAAAAGUUUUUUUUUUGUUAGAAAAAGCGUAAUGUGAUUGAACAACACCACACCCAGAGAACAUAUGUGUGAAAAUCACGCAUUUUAUUUCAGGUUAAAAUAGAUUUUUUUUUCGAGAAAUUUAUUUCAUUGAAUGAAAAAUUGAAAUUGAAAAAUUUAUUAUUAAUGAUGAAGAACCAAGAAACAAUAAAAACAUUUUUUUAGGCAUGUAAAUCGAAUAAGAAAUGAAUUUUAACAAAAUUUUGUUGGAUAUUAAAGUCUAUAUAAAUGGAAAUCUGUUUGACAAUAUUUUUUUAAAACCAAAAUUCUAUACUUUAACUCUGACCUACAACUAUAUUUACACUCUACAUUAUACUAUAACCUACAAAAAACAUUCUUAUGAUCUCAACUAUUGAAUGAUUCGAUUCAGAAGAAAUAAAAUGACCAAUUGAGAACAAUAAAAAAUAUUUUACCAAAAAAUUUUAAACUUAACUUUUUUCACUUGUUAACAAUGUUGCACAAAAAAGAUGGGAAAUAUUUUUGAAAAUAAAAACCAACAGAACCAAUUUUUGACCUACAACCAUUCUCAUAAAGAAAUGGAAAACAUUUUUUGAACUUCAAUGCAAGAAAAUAUGUAGCGCCUGCUAAAGUAUAUAAACUCGUUAAAAAACAACGUUAGUGCUAUGACACAAUACAUAAGUCAUAAAUACCAGCAAAACAAAAAGUCGUAAAGUAAAAUUAUGAUUUUUUUGGAAGUAGAAAGCAUAAUAAUUACUCCCUGCAAACACAUUUCGUCAAUCGUUUCAAUUGGAUUUUUUACACUCAAUUUUAGUUAACACACUGCAGGACAUAGAUUUAAAGGAUGAUCAUUGAUUUAUGUAUCCGUGAACGGUCUGAGGUUCUCGGGGCUCUGGUCCUUGGACUUCUUUCCUCUUACCAUAUUAAUUUUAAAAUUUAUCGUCAAAUGAUUUAUUACAACAUGAUGAUUCCGAAUUAAUCCAGUGCAAACUAGCACAUGACACAUUAAAAGAUUAGUUUUUUAUGCAUGAAUUACGAUGAAUUAGUUAAUAAUUUAAUAAAAAUAUUGAGGAUUAUAGCCACAAUGGAUCCGAACAUUCAUCCGAGUAGUUUAAAUCAGUUAAAAUUCGAUUGAAAUGGAAAACCAAUUGAGAGUAGAAAUUGUGACGUGGGAAACCGAUUCUAAAAAAUUAAAUUGACUCAAUGAAACAUUUUCCAAAUAUCACACUCAAACAGAGAAUCUGUUCUCAACAAAUCCAUUCAACUUCAACUUCAUAUUGCUUCGAUUGAUACCACACAAUAUUUUGUUCAAUAAAAAUAAAAUUCCAAUUGAAACGGAGAAUAAAGCAUUUUCGUAGAACGUUAAUCUGAACAAUUUCUAAGAAAUAAAAUUUCGCAGAAACACAACAGAAAUAUUCUCGACAUAAAAAUGCCCAAAGUUAAGCCUAAAAAUCUACCCAAGUUAUGAACGAGUUACGGAACAGAAAAUGAUUUAGUAAAUUGUUAAGAUUUUGUUUCUUUGUUCAAAUUUUAUUCCGAAUUCCGCAUAUCGAUUUAACUAAGUUAAAAGAAAAUAGAAAAGUCUGCGUCUGCAGUAGUAGAAUUCCAUUAAAAAUUUAUAUUUCAAAGUUCCAAAAUAAUUUAACCUGCUGCUUAAUAAUAUGGAUAUCAGAAUAGAAAUAUCUGACAAAAAGCUUAUGGAAAUUAGAGAAAAUAUAUUUUAUUAUAACGAAAAAGAAAAGAAUGAAAAACCACAAAAAAAAGUUGUGUAGCUGAGUAUGUGUGUAGUCUUAGGACUCGAAAAACUUAUCAAUGACUUCAUAGUUUCAACGUUAAAAAAUAAAUGUUCCUUUCUACCGAUAUAAAUGCAAACAGAAUCAGCCACUCUACAGUAUCGUUCCACAAGUCAUAGUAUGUCUCUACGGAAUCGUGUGAAGAAAAGUUCGACGGAGGAGAUUAAGAUAUUUAAAUCAUCGUAAAAGGGAGUCUAGCUGCAAACGAAAAAGAACCAGAAAUGACUGAAGAUUUUGAUAGAAACACUUCUUGUAUUAUUCAUCUUCCAAUCUCAGUCUCAGUUCUUUUCAAGAUUAGAGAAAAAAAAUUAACUUUCCUUUUAGUCAACCAAAAGUUUCCAAAAGCAUCACGGGAAAACUUUUUUAAGUUGUAAAAUAUCAAAUUUGUAUACCAGGAUACCGGUCUAAAAACAUGUCAUUUGAACAUGCUAUACAAACGAAUUGUAGCAUUUUAUCGUCGAAACUCACUGCCUGUGAGACAUAAUGGUCUUGAAACAUGGUCUAUUGGAACCGAUAAAAUGAAAAGCACGAACUCAUGGGUCUCGAAUAAAUUUGAAUUGAUAUCGGUAGAUUGUGCUGAAACAUUCAAGUGGAAUAAACUGUUGAAUUUUGAAUGGCUGCAAAAUUCAUAUUCGGUUAGUUAUUGCGAUGAAUAAUAUACGUUCCACAUUUAAUUUUCUGCAUUCCAUUUAUAAACCAUAAAAUGUUGUUACAUUUAACACAAUUUUAUGUAGAUUUGACAUGGGUUUCGAGUCACAAAAUAUUUAUAACAAUGCAAAUAUACUGAUGUCUAACCGUAGUCUCUGCGUAUAAUCAAUAAACAAAUAAAAAUUAGCAAAAAAAAGAGUUUUCGAUGUCAUGUCAUGUAUAAAGAAGAAAAUAAUUUUAGUUUUUAGUUUUCUGUUUUGCUUAAUAGAACAAAAAAAACCAUUUUCAUUAAAAUAUACUGUAAAACUAGAGCUUCUUGAAAAAGAAAGUAUAUUUGAUUGUGUUUAAGGGCAAUAUAAAUGGAAAUAUUUGUAUAGAAAAAACGACAAAAAAUGUUUCAUUGUGAAAUUUGAUUAGAAUAAUUUUACGUUAGAUAUAUUCGCCAGAAAAUUCUUUCAAAAAAUUAUUUAAUUUAAAAUUUCUAAAACCGAAACAAAAAUUGGAACCAAAAAAAUAUUCAAUAAUUUCGUUUGCUUACCAAAAAAAGAUUUAAACAGAAACCAAAAAAUUAUUGAGAAUUGCUGACUCAAUCAAAAAAAGCGCGUUGUACAGGGAUAACAGCUGGCGGUAGCAAAGGUUUUAAUAGAGAAAGGUGAAAUAAAAUGAUAUGAUUAAAAUAUUGAUAAAAAAAACAAAACUCUUGUACAGUAUAUUUAAACAAAUUAAUUUAAUUUUUGUUGAAUCAAAAAAAAAGAUAAAAACUUUUCAUUUUCGAAGUUCUUUUUUCUAAACUUUAUUCAUUUCAUAUAUAUCAAACGUUCGGAUUGUUUUUUAAACAAGUCCGGUCAGUUAUUGUGAAUUCGACAAUAACCCAAAUUCAAUAACAUUUAACAUCAUUGCAAUUAAUGAUGAUAUAUAAUUUGUUUGGAUUUUGAACAACCCAACGAAAAAAAUAAUAACCAAAAAAGAAAAUAAAUCAAAAUCUAAGUUGUUAACAUUUUGGUUGAAUACAAAAAAAAAAUUAAAAAUUAAAUUUAAUAAAAAAUUUUAAUUUCAUUUUCAAUGCUUUACAAAGUGAUGAUAUUUAUAACAAAAAAAAAAUCAUUUUAAAGCUGGUACGGGGUCAAAACAAUGGAAUUUAACACACAAAAAACAACCAAAAAUUGUAAUUCAACAUAAUUUUUAGAGUGUUUGUGUAAAAUAUUUAAAAAUAAUAAGUAUAUUUGUAGCCUAACAAUUCUUUGUCGUUAUGAAAUAGAGAAAAAAGCAAAUAAAUUAAAAUAAAAAAAAUUAAAAAAAUAAAAACAUAUUUAAUUAGAUCCCUUUUCUGCAUAUAGGUACAACAACAAAAUAAAAAUCCAUAUUGUUUAUAUAAAUGUUAUAUUUGCAUUAGAUUGAUUAUAAUAAAUAAAAAAAAAAAUUAAAACUAAAUGAAUCAAAAUAUUAGCUUUAUUAAAAGUUAAAAUAAAAAAAAAGAAUCUCUAACAAGACAUUAUGCAUAUAAUACAGAAACUAUAAAUUAAUAUGAAUGUUUAGAACACACACUAUAUAUUUACACACCUAAUUAGCAAAAAAAAGAAAACAAACAGAUUAAACAAAAUACUUAUGACAAAAAAAUAAAACAUAACUACGAGUAUAACAUCAAUGUUUUAGCUUUGGCCAAAUUAUUAAA